AUGCCAUCGACCACAUCGCGCCUGGUGGUGGAACUCACGCACAAUGGCACGAAGCUGCGGGGAGUGGUCGUGACGGGCUCGGAGCUCAACCUCGUCGCGGAACAUACGGCGCGCAAGGCGAACCUGCGGCUGUUUGAGCUGACCAGGCCGACCUCGGUCCGGCUUGCACUGGGCGACCCCUCGUCGGAGCCCACUGUCCUCCGACAGUUCGCCACCGUCACGCUCGUAGACCCGGUCUCGGAGUGGAACUUGGCUGCUCGCGCGCCUGCCCUUGUCGCCGGUGUGUCCGCCAUGUCUGGAACGUCUAUGGCCCAGGUGUCCUGGCCAAAACCCAAGUCUAGCGGGAUGAGAACGACGAUGCAUGUGUUUAUACCAACCCUUCUGUUUCAUCUCCCGUCUUAUCUAGCAAGCGAUUUAACACUAAACGAACCGGAAGACACCGCUGCAAACGAAAUUCCGGCAGCCCUCCGGGACGUGGAUCAAUUCAUGAUCUUCGACAGCCGGGGAGUAUGA